AAAUUUCACCACUUUGUUUUACGGGAUGUAUUCAUCUUAUUUCUCAAUGUAAUUUUCAGUUAUUUACCACUAAAUGGCACAAUCUUACCCUUCGGCUCCGCCUUUACCAACGUCGACGCCAACAAAUCUUGUUACCAAAGUCCAAUUGUCUAUUUCAUGUCGAAACUUGUUAGAUAAAGAUUUGCUCUCCAAGUCUGAUCCUUUGGUUGUCGUCUACCUUUUCACAGGCAGUCAGUGGACUGAGAUCGGUAGAACAGAACAGAUUAAGGAUACUCUCAAUCCGGAUUUUGCAAAAUCAAUAACAUUGGAUUACCAUUUUGAAGAGCUUCAGAAACUGAAAAUAUCUGUGUUCGACAUUGAUGAUAUUAAGGCUGACAUCAGAAAGUCUGAUUUUCUUGGAGACAUUGAAUGUACAUUAGGUCAGCUUGUCAGCUCUCAAAAAUAUACAAAGUCAUUACGUUUUCCUGGCAAAACUAAUGCUGGCACUAUUGUUAUAACUGCUGAAGAACUUUCAUCCAAUCAGGACCUGGUUGAAUUAAUAUUCCGAGCUCAGCAUUUAGAUAAAAAGGACCUCUUUGGUAAAGCAGAUCCAUAUUUGGAGUUCUCAAGAGCUAAUGAAGAUGGAAGUUUUGUGGUUGUCCAUCGAACAGAAGUUGUGAAAAAUACGUUGAAGCCAUUGUGGAGACCUUUUCAAGUGAAAGUUGUAAAUCUAUGCAAUGCAGAUUUCAAGAGAAUAAUUAAGGUUGAUUGCUAUGAUUGGAACAGUGAUGGAAGUCGCGAUUUUAUUGGACAAUUCUCAACAGACCUGGAUGAGAUGAAAAAUGCAAAACAAUGGAAUGAACUUUCUUGGGCAUGUAUCAACAUGAAAAAGAAAAAGAAAAAAAAGAAUUAUGAUAAUUCAGGCAUGGUGUAUUUAUCAAAAUGCGAGAUAAUAAAAUGUCAUUCAUUUUUGGACUACAUUUCAUCUGGUGUGCAGCUGAACUUCUCUGUUGCUGUUGACUUCACUGCAUCAAAUGGACAUCCAUUACAACAUACAUCUCUUCAUUAUAUCAAUCCAUAUGAACCAAAUCAAUACAUGAAGGCAUUGACUGCUGUUGGACAAAUAAUCCAGGAUUAUGACAGAGAUAAUCUUUAUCCUUGCUAUGGUUUUGGUGCAAGACUUCCUCCUACAAAUAUGGUCUCCCAUAUGUUUGCAUUAAACUUCAAUCCACAGAAUCCUUAUUGCAAUGGUAUUCAAGGUAUCAUGGCAGCUUACCAGUCAUGUUUAUACAAUGUCACUCUGUAUGGUCCAACAAACAUUUCACCAGUUAUCAAUCAUGUGGCUGCCUUUGCUAAGCAAGCAAUAGCUAGUGCUGACAGCUACCAUAUUCUUCUAAUUUUAACUGAUGGUGUUAUGGACAUGGAUCAAACAAAAAGUGCAAUUGUUGAAGGGUCAGGUCUUCCUUUGUCAAUAAUUAUUGUAGGUGUUGGUGCAGCAGACUUUGAAAUGAUGGAGGAACUAGACUCUGAUGAUAAGCUGUUAACUACAUCUUGGGGAAAGGCCGCACAAAGAGACAUUGUUCAAUUUGUUCCAUUUCGUAACUUCAAAAAUUCUUCACCUGCUGAAUUGGCAAAAUGUGUUCUAGCUGAAAUCCCAGAACAGGUAACUGGGUAUUUUCGUUCCAAAAACAUCUCUCCAAUAUCAAGGUGAGAGAUACUGAGGACAGUCUAUGUUGUAUCGUUUAGUAAUUUACAUGUAGUUAACAUCAAGAAUUUUAGUAUAGGGUCGAGAAUGUCACUGUUGUGAUAUAACUCAGGGAAUUGUAUAGUCUAAUUUUAAUAUAAUAAUCUUUAUUUAGCUUGUAUAACUAUUAAUCUAAAUCUACAUAAAUAAACGAGGAAUGAAUGCCUACAUAUUAUAUUUUGUAGUCAUAUAACUCCUCUUUUUUGUAA